AAAUAUAACAUCGUUUCUUAAGAGCUUGACUUCAGCUCAACAUCUAUCUGCAAAACAGACCUGAUGAAAAUACUUGAGUUUCUGCAUCUCCUGACAAACAAAGAUGGUGGGAAUUCUGAAUAUCGUUGUCAUUGCCUGUUUGCUGCGAGGUGCCCUGUGUGGAGUGUUUGAGGCCAUAAUGCCACAGACUAUAGAGGUUGUUAGUGGAUCCUGUGUGACCAUCCCCUGCUCCUUUGACGUGACUGUCCAGUUUGUUUCAAACCUAGAUAACACAUGUAAAGCACGAUGGAAAAAAGAUGGAGUUACUGUGUUUGAUAGCAGCAAGCCACAAACAACUAUAAACGACGGAAAACUGACAGGAGACUUGUCCAAAAAAGACUGCACCACAACCCUGAACAACAUACAACCUGUUGACAACAACAAAAAAUAUUCCUUCAGACUGGACUGCUCAGGCUUAGGAUAUGAUUUUUCUGAAAAAAUCUCUUUUUCAGUCAGAGCUGAUCCACUCAGACCGACUCUGACUCCGUCCACACUGGAGGUGAAGGAGGGAACCUCAGUGAGUUUGACGUGCUCUGCUCCAGCUCCCUGUCUGUCUCACCCUCCAAAUCUGACAUGGACCCCCGGCCUUGGUGACAGUCAGGAGACACUGCAGGAGAAUCAGGACAAAACUAAAGUCCAGACCUCUGUUGUCAGCUUCACUGCUUCUCUUCACCUCCAUCAUGGAAAGACAAUCUCCUGUACUGCCACCUACAACAAACAAGAUGGCAGCGCUGAGUCAGCUGUUAGCACAAGUUUGACAGCUAAUAUUUCAUUUGCUCCAGAGAUCCUGCCCUCUUCUAACUGCACCAAAGCUGGAGCCCAACUUAACUGUUCCUGUGAGACUGUGGGAAACCCUUCUCCCACUUUAAUAUGGUAUUUGGACGGGUCACCUGUCAAUAACUCAGACAAUUUGACCAUCACCUAUGAGCCUCCAAAUGACACGGGCCUGAGGAGCAUCAUCACUGUGAACCAACCACAGGAGAGGGAUCUUUCCACUUUGCUCUGCCGCACCUCUAACUCUCUGGGAUCUGCUUCUCACCACUUUUGUGCCUACUGCCUCCAGACUGAACAAGGUUGCAGAGAAUGUCAAGAAUGUUCAGGUGGAGUUACGUUUCUAGCCUUCAUCAUCACAGUUGGUGUUUUAUCAGCAGCACUAUUCUGUGCUCUUCUGUUUGCUAUCAGAGCUCGGGGGACUGGCUGCCAUACUCCUAAAAAGAGUCAGAGCACAGGUGACACCAGCCCAGCUGUGAUGAGUCAAGGCCUGACAACUGAAAAUGGAAAUAAGGUGUCCUGCACAUCAGAAGAGGAUAUUUAUGUCAACACCGAUAUGAUGAAAAAGUCAGAUAUGCCAAACGCUCAUCUAGCACAUCAACAGGUUGCCAGUAAAAGCUCAGACAAGACGAAUGAGGCAAACAGUGAUGUGGUUUACUCUAGUGUGAUCUGGAAGAGCAAGGAGAAGAAGGGAGAAUGCUCUGGAGGCAGGGGCCCAUCUGGUAGCUCCUGUCUGGAAGAGGAGAGGUGCAUGGAGGGAGGCAUGCUCACAAAUUAUGUGAGCAAUGCAGUGGAGAUGGGGAGUCUAUAUGACAACACUAGAAAAGAUGUAAAGGAGGCUGUGUAUAGUGAAUAUGCCCAGGUUCAUUUUAGAGACACAAAUGUGAUGUAAUGCAUGUGCCAUUACUACAGCUGUUUUUACUGCGGCAUUGCUACAUUGUAUUUGAUAUUAUUGGCUAUUAUUUAUUCAGUAGAAGUUUAUCAUGCAUUAGUAUUAUCUUCUCAAUACAGAUGUAGCCAGUUUAAAGAGUUUUCAGUUAAAGGAACAGUGUCUUCUCCUGGUUAUUUAUUUUUAGUUUUAAUUGUUCAGGAGGUUUUUACAAGGAGCCGAAUUAUCCGGAGAGGUCUCUUCCUCUCCAAAACAAUCUGUCCAGGUGAUUUAAAUCGAUUAUA